ACGAGUUUGCCCAGCGCAGCGAAGUGCAGCGCGCGCCCCGAGCGCCCUGUCCGCGGCUCGGAUUUUCCUGCGUUUCCUCUUCCUAGAUAGGGGGCGGGGAAGCCGCGCGUGAGUGUGGACGCGUGUGCGCGCGCGUGGAGUGCUGGAAUGGGAGGGAACCCAGCCGGCUCGGAGUGUUUUGAUCCGAGGCUGCCCUUUUGAUUCUGUGGCACCCCGAGUUCCCACCUCUCAAGCCUGCGCGACCGCUCUGUGCCUUCAGGCUCCCCCAGGAAUGGAGACGCCGUUGGAUGUGUUGUCCAGGGCAGCCUCUCUGGUGCAUGCUGACGAUGAGAAACGUGAAGCUUCUCUCAGGGGAGAAGCCAGAAUGCAGACCCUCCCGGUGGCUUCUGCCCUCAGCAAUCACCGCACAGGCCCACCCCCCAUCAGCCCCAGCAAGAGGAAAUUCAGCAUGGAACCUGGGGACAAGGACCUCGACUGUGAAAACGACCACAUCUCCAAGAUGAGCCGCAUCUUCAGCCCCCACCUGAAUAAGACCGUCAACGGAGACUGCCGCCGAGAUCCCCGGGAACGGAGCCGCAGUCCCAUUGAGCGGGCUGCAGCCCCAGCUGUGAGCUUGCAUGGUGGCCACCUGUAUGCAUCCCUCCCUGGCCUCAUGGAGCAGCCUCUUGCACUGACUAAGAACAGCAGUGACACCGGCAGGUCGGCUGUAGAGCGGCAGCAGAACCGGCCCUCCGUGAUCACCUGCGCAUCCGCAGGUGCCCGCAACUGCAACCUCUCUCACUGCCCCAUUGCGCACAGUGGCUGUUCUGCACCUGGGUCUGCCAGUUACCGAAGACCACCCAGUGCAACUGCCACCUGUGACCCUGUAGUGGAAGAGCACUUCCGUCGGAGCCUGGGCAAGAACUACAAGGAACCAGAGCCAGCACCCAACUCGGUGUCUAUCACUGGCUCUGUGGAUGACCACUUUGCCAAAGCACUAGGUGACACAUGGCUUCAGAUCAAAGCGGCCAAGGACAGCGCUUCCAGCAGCCCAGAGUCAGCCUCACGCCGGGGCCAGCCUGCCAGCCCCACUGCCCACAUGGUCAGCCAUAGUCACUCCCCCUCUGUGGUCUCCUGAAGGGGGCUCCACUCUUCAGCCACACAAGGAUCUGCAUGGUUUGCCUGAGCUUUCAACAGUCAGUGCUUAAAACAAACAAACAAACAAACAAAAAGCAAAAAAAAAAAAAAUAGAAAGGAAAAAAAUUUAG